AUGGAGCGUAUGAGUGAAGUUACUGCAGGAAUCAAUGUGGAGGAGUUACAUCCAAAGGAAAAGGCUGACUUAGUGUUGAUUAAAGAUGUCAAAUCACUACAUCACAUUGGAGAUGUUAUUUCUCUAACACAAUACAAAACAAAAAUUGGCUACUUUGAGUGGUUACUAAAACAAAAAAGUGUGUCAUUUUCACUAUCAGUAGAGGCACCAGAUUCAUCUCUUUUGUCUAUUUCUCUCUCUUCUCUGAGGUGUAGUGUUGCUAAAGAUGAUCAACCCAUUCACACUACAGUCACUACCACCAGCACUGAUCCUGGAGUGUAUAGGAUACAGUGUAUCCCUUCUCGUGGUAUUCACACAGUAAAAGUACAAGUAUAUGAUGUACAUCUUGAAGAUACCUCUCUAGUUGUCCCUUUUAAUCCGUAUCUUAAUGACAUCACUCCAGUAUAUUUCGUUAAUAAGCUACUGAGGUGUCCCUAUGGAGUGGCUAUAAUCGACGAUAAUCAUGUUAUGAUAACUGAAUGGGAUAGUCAGUGUGUAACAAUAAUUGAUAAAGAAAGAAAUGAAGUAAAAUUAUUAGGAGGGGAAGGAGGAAGUGGCGAUGUCAAGUUUUCUUCUCCUCGUGGUGUAGCCAUUACUCCAGACAAGUUCAUUCUUGUGUCUGAUAAUCAUAGAAUCCAGAAGAUAAGCAUGGAUGGACACCGCAUAACGUUAGCUGGUGAGGAGGGAAGUGGACCACUACAAUUUAGAUAUCCUGCCGGUAUAGCCAUUUCACCUGUAACAGGGCAAAUUUAUGUUGCUGAUAGGUAUAAUGAUCGUAUACAAGUCUUGAACCCUGAUCUAUCUUUCUCUUAUUUCUUUGGUAGUGAAGGAUCAGCUAAUGGACAGUUUAAGUCUCCACAUGGCAUUGCCAUCGACAGUCAAGGAUUAGUAUAUGUCACUGAUACUUAUAGCCAUCGCAUUCAGAUGUUCUUUCCAGAUGGAAACUUUGUGGGUGAGUUUGGUACUAAAGGAUUUGGUCCUGGACAGCUUAAUGAGCCACUAGGCAUAGCAAUAGACACUGCAGCUACUGGUCUGGUGUAUGUUAGUGAAAGGGGCAAUAAUCGUAUCUCAAUUUUUACUAGUGAUGGUGUGUUUUUGCGUUAUUUUGGAAGGAAAGGAAGGGGAAUUGAUCAGUUUUGUAAUCCCUGUCAAUUAGCAAUUUCUAAAGAUGGAUUCCUGUAUGUUUGUGACUACGCAAAUUGCCGACUUGUUGUUUAUUAGAUUAAUUUUUGAAUUGUUUAUUACUUUAGUUUGUCAAUAA